ACCGGACCUUGCACACCUUGCCCCACCUGAAUGAUAAGAUCAGGGUCCCGUCUGCCGCCGGCGGGCUUGCAUUCGAGAGCGGGAGCCGCCGAUGCCGGUCGAUUUUGCCGGAAGCUCUCGAGCAUGGCGGGGAUCGUGGACACCGGACGGGGACGGAUGGAAUUCGUGGAAAGCUCCAUACGAGACGAAGAAGAGUACUCCACCGAAGUCCAUCCCAGCCAUGUUAUGACGACAUUUGUUUACUUGUGAUCUAUCCUCUAGAACCCAUUAUUCUUCCCCGAAUCCUACCAUCAACUAUUGCAUACCUACCCGAACUUCGAGAUCAAUCGCGUCGAGUUCAGUGCUAUACACAUAAUGAGGACCUCACGCAUCUUGGGCACUGCUUUCGCCCGACCAAACCUUACUGCUUUGACAUCGUCGUCGCCAUCGCCCUCCCAAAUAUCCCGUCAUAUCCGUGGCGCGGCUUCCGGUCUACCGCGCGCAACGCAGAAGCAUACACGAACCGCCCAAUUUUCGUCUCUGGUUGGCAAGACAGGUGGCCUGAGCAGGAGUAACAGUCGAGAAUCUUGCGAGUACAGCACCAAGAGCACGCCGAGCGAGGCACCUCCAUUUGCCUUUGCCUUCGAUAUCGAUGGCGUCCUCCUCCACGUCGCGACGCCCAUUCCCGGCGCUCCCGAAGCCCUCAAGUUCCUGAACGACAACAACAUCCCUUUCAUCCUCCUCACCAACGGCGGCGGCAAGCACGAGACCGAACGGGUAAAAGACCUUAGCCAGAAACUUGGCGUCGAGCUCACGACCGACAACUUUGUCCAAUCGCACACUCCCUUCCGCCAGCUCGUCGAAGGGCCCAACAGCCUCCGGGAGAAGACCAUCCUCGUGACGGGUGCCAACGCAGAAAAGUGCCGACUUAUCGCCGAGGCCUACGGCUUCCGCAACGUCAUCACGCCCGCCGACAUCCUCAAGGCCCACCCGGAGGUCUUCCCCUUCGACCCGCUCCUCGACACCGUCUACACCGCGACCGCGCGCCCGCUGCCCAAGCCCAUCUUCACGCCCGGGUCCGGCAUGCGCCUGAGCGACGCGCUCAAGAUCGACGCCAUGUUCGUCUUCAACGACCCGCGCGACUGGGCCUACGACAUCCAGCUCAUCGUCGACCUGCUCCUCUCGCAGGAGGGCUACGUGGGCACGUACUCGCCCAAGAACGGCGACGCCGCUCUGCCCUCGUGCGGCUGGCAGCAGGAUGGGCAGCCGCCGCUGUACUUCAGCAACGCGGACCUGCUCUGGAGCACCGGUUUCCAUCUUCCGCGCUUCGGACAGGGCGCGUUCCAGGCUGCCGUGGCGGGCGUCUGGCGGCGUCUGACGAACGGUCAUGAGCUCCAGCGGCGGGUGAUUGGCAAGCCCUACAGUGAGACGUAUCAGUUUGCCGAGAGGGUGCUGGAGACACAUAGGCAUGAGGUGCUGAGGAGCCGCGGCCACCAUGAGCCCGGCACGCUGAAGAGCGUGUACAUGGUGGGCGAUAAUCCCGAGAGCGACAUCGCGGGGGCGAACGAUUAUCAGAGCGAGGCCGGGACGGAGUGGGUUUCGGUCCUGGUACGGACGGGCGUGUGGAGCCCGGAGCAUGCGGGUGAGAAGGCGCUCCAGGGGAGGUUCAAACCGAAGGUCAUUGUGGAUGAUGCGCGGGAGGCGGUGAGGUGGGCAUUGAAGAGAGAGGGCUGGACUGGUCCGUCGUUGUAGGGCUAGGGAACGACAGUGUUUGUCUUAUGGUUAGAUUUUAGCGAACCUCGCGGCAUUUGGAGCAUAUUUACAACAAUUACUGAAGGAUAUGCGUCUACCUAGAAUCUAGAGAAAUCGAGAAGUUUCAAGUCCAGGUCUC